CGCGAAAGAGACUCCUGUCUGUGAUUUACAAAAAAAUAAAAAUAAAAACUAUAUUAACACUAACAAAAAAAAAGUACAAACCUUGGAAUUAAAAUUAGAAUUUGGUGUUCGAAUUUUGAAAACAAACUAAUUCUAAUUAAGAACAGUAAUAUUUGAAUUUGGAUCGUGUUAAACCAAAAUACCGCGACAUUUGAUUUAUUUUUCUUGUCUCCUCCAAAUUUUAAAUAAAACAAGAUGACUUUUAGAGUUUUCAUAGUUUUUUGUGGCUUCAUAAUCGUACUGUGUUUCGUGAAUGAAUCUAAUGCAUUGAAAGAAAACGACAGGGGAGUCUGUGUUAUCAGAAAAAGCACGACUCAAAGACGUUCGAGGACUUACACGGCCAGCAGAUGGUGCGGCGGUCGACGAUGCUACUUCAAAAAAACAAAGCUUAUGAAACCAACCAUCAAAUGGACCAAUCAGACUGUAUGCUGCUUAGAUUGGAUAUACAACGUGAAGCGCGACUCUUGUGAUCCGGUGUGUAGCGCCGGCUGUCCUACCUGCGAUACCCCAGGGACUUGCUCGUGUACCAUAAAUCCAGAGCAUCUCGGCCAAUGCUUCCCAAAGACCUGCGACCGUCCAUGCAUCGGAUCUAUCUGCAAGAAUAAUUCCUGCGAAUGUUUACCAAAGCAUCAGAAGUACAAUUCGACACACUGUGUCUUAUGUGAUGCAGGUUUCACACUCGACAGCCAAAUGGUCUGCAAACCUUUGUGCGAGAUAGAAUGCGUUAAUGCAACUUGCACGGCUCCUAAUACUUGUUCCUGUCACCAAGGGUAUCAUAACAAGAAUGGCACGUGCGAACCGGCAUGUUCGAAAAAGUGCAUCAACUCUGCUUGCGUGGCCCCCAACAAAUGCGACUGUUUGGAUGGAUACAUUCGGGUGAAUUCGACUUACUGUCGACCUGAAUGUGCGGGUUGUUCUAACGGGGUUUGCGUGGCGCCAAAUAAUUGUUUGUGCAAAGAGGGUUAUAGCCGAGUUAGUGGUAAAUGUCAGCCUGUAUGUCCCACUGCUUGUCAGAAUGCAACUUGCGUUUCGCCCAACAAGUGCGACUGUCUGAAUGGUUACAUUCCGCUAAAUUCGACGCAUUGCCAACCUGAAUGUACAAAGUGCACUAAUGGAGUUUGUGUGGCGCCAAAUAAUUGUUCUUGCAACGAAGGGUUUAGUCUAGUCAGUGGUGAAUGUAAGCCCGUCUGCUCGAGCACGUGUAGCAAUGCAACUUGCGUCGCUCCGGAUACAUGUGCGUGUUUAAACGGAUACACUAGGAUCAAUUCGACACAUUGCAGACCCGAAUGUAGGAAUUGCCACAAUGGGGUUUGUGUGGCUCCAAAUAAUUGUUUUUGCAACGAAGGGUUUAGUAAAGUUAGUGGUGAAUGCAAGCCCGUCUGCUCGAGCAUGUGUAGCAACGCAACUUGCGUCGCUCCGGAUACAUGUGCGUGUUUGAACGGAUACACUCGGAUCAAUUCGUCACAUUGCAGACCCGAAUGCAGGCAUUGUCUUAAUGGGGUUUGUGUGGCACCAAAUAGGUGUUCUUGCAACGAAGGCUUUAGUCGAGUCAGUGAUGAAUGUAAGCCCGUCUGCUCGAGCAUGUGUAUCAACGCAACUUGCGUGGCUCCAGAUAAAUGUGCGUGUUUGAACGGAUACACACGGAUAAAUUCGACACAUUGCAGACCCGAAUGCAGGAACUGCCUUAAUGGUUUUUGUGUGGCGCCAAAUAAUUGUUCUUGCAACGAAGGCUUUAGUAGAGUUAGUGGUGAAUGUAAGCCCGUCUGCUCGAGCACGUGUAUCAACGCAACUUGCGUCGCUCCGGAUACAUGUACGUGUUUGAACGGAUACACACGGAUCAAUUCCACGCAUUGCAGACCCGAAUGCAGGAAUUGUCUUAAUGGGGUUUGUGUGGCGCCAAAUAAUUGUUCUUGCAACGAAGGCUUUAGUCGAGUCAGUGAUGAAUGUAAGCCCGUCUGCUCGAGCAUGUGUAGCAACGCAACUUGCGUGGCUCCAGAUAAAUGUGCGUGUUUGAACGGAUACACACGGAUAAAUUCGACACAUUGCAGACCCGAAUGCAGGAACUGCCUUAGUGGGAUUUGUGUGGCGCCAAAUAAGUGUUCUUGCAACGAAGGAUUUAGUCGAGUCAAUGAUGAUUGUAAGUCUGUCUGCUCGAGCACGUGUAUCAAUGCAACUUGCGUGGCUCUAGAUACAUGUGCAUGUUUGAAUGGAUACACUCGGAUCAAUUCGACACAUUGCCGUCCUGAAUGUACAAAGUGUACGAAUGGAGUUUGUGUGGCACCGGGAAAGUGUUCCUGCAAUGAUGGAUUUAGUCUGAUUGAUGGGGAAUGCAGGUCAGUUUGUAGAAACUGUGAAAAUGGUGUUUGCUCAAAGGGUAAUGUGUGCUUGUGCAAUGAGAGCUUCGAGAUGCACAACGGUACCUGCAGACGAAAAUGCGGACAUCACGAUUGUGGUCAAGAAAAUACCGUCAGCGGUGAUCAUCUUGGAAAGAACAAUACGGUCAUAAGGCAACGUACUCGUUUGGUCUACAAUAAGAAAAGAUGUCGCGGCAAGACUAACAGCGGCUCGUGCGUUAUAACCGAAUCAUACGUGAGCAUUGAGAAGAGUCAAUCAUGCAAGACCGGCUGGAUAUAUGAGGCGAAGACCGACAGCUGUGUACCGAAAUGCACGAGCGGUUGCGUGAACGGAACUUGCGAGGCGCCCGAGGUCUGCACCUGUCUAGAGCCUCUGGUCCUCAGACGCGGACACUGCGUGGAGCCCACGUGUUCACCAGCCUGCGACUCCUACAGCAGCUGCACCGACUUCAACGUGUGCACCUGCGUGAACAACACGAUCGCUUUGAACGGCUCCCAGUGCGCCCCCGUGUGCCCCGACGGCUACUACAACGAUCCCGUGGAGUGCUCCCCGCGGUGCGAGCGCUGCGUCAACGGCACGUGCACGGAGCCCGGCCUAUGCACGUGCGACCCCGGCUACAAGAACAUCGAUGACGUGUGCGUGCCUAAGUGCUUGGACUGCCGCAACGGCGAGUGCGUGGCUCCCAAUGAUUGCCUCUGUCACGACAAUUACGCCAUGAGUAACGGCACGUGCGCCCCUGUGUGCCGCCGGGCCUGCACAAAUGGGGCGUGCUCGGAGCCCGAUAAGUGCACGUGCGACGAUGGCUACCGGUUGAGUCCCGAGGAUCCUUUCGUCUGCCUGCCGGUCUGUUCUGAGCGCUGCGUGAACUCUCACUGUUCGUCCCCUAAUACGUGCACGUGCUUCAAAGACUACGAGCGUAACGAUACGAAUUCGAACGUUUGUUACAAGAAAUGCGAUGGAGCUUGCGAAAAUGGCCGGUGCUCUUUGGACGGAGCGUGCGAGUGCGACUCCGGAUACAUACUGUCCAAUGGAACGUGCAUAAGAAAUAAUACAGCGUGCUCCGCGAACUGCAGCGCGGGCGGGGAGGAGUGCGGGCUCGGCAGCGGUUGCCCGUCGGAGCAAACCCACUUCCCCGCCGAAGUUACUUCCGCAGGGCUGGCGGGCUUGCAGAUCAGCUGGCUGCUGGGCGGGGCCGUCGGGCUCUUGCUGCUAACGCUCUUGCUCGUCGUCAUCCACAGAACUUGGAGGAGACGACUGGAACUCGAAAAAAAGAUCAAAGAAGACCAAGCAAGCCCCGGCAACUACAGCGUCAUGUGCAGCAACCCUAACAGGCUGCUGCAGACCCAACCCGGUGACGUCACGAGGGGCUACUCCGACGACCUCCUGCCGACAGACGAAACCGAACUCACUUACGAAGUCCCCUUACGAGACGAGAGCUACUGAACCAAUCGUGAUGUGGAACCAGCAAUGUAAAUAGAAAUAGUCUUGUAUAAAUUAAGUGUCUUCUUAAUAAAUUAUAUUGAAUA